AUGGGUGAAUCUGCGAUGUGGGGUAGUGACAAUGGGAGUGGGAUACCAGGGCUGUCGUCGUAUGAGACGAAUGAGGAUCUGGCGAGAGUGGCACUGUUCGAGGGGUACGAGCAGUCGCUGCUGCAGUUCGCGUACAUCAGCUGCAUCGUGUUCACUCUCAUCGGCAUCCCUGGCAACCUGGUCACCAUCGUCGCCUUGGCAAAGUGCAAAAAGGUCCGCAAUGCAACAGCGUUAUUCAUCAUCAACUUAUCAGUCUCCGACUUGCUGUUCAGUUGUUUCAUCCUGCCUCUAGCUACGUCCACAUUUUACAACAAGUCCUGGGCGCAUGGCAAGGCGCUGUGUUUCAUGUUCCCGUUUGCAAGAUACGCGCUGGUAGCCGUGUCUUUGUUUACGGUCCUGGCUAUCACUAUUAAUAGAUACGUCAUGAUAUCGCAUCCUCAACUUUAUCCCAAAUUGUACACUACAAGAAACAUUUGCCUGAUGAUGGCUGGUAUUUGGAUAUUCUCCUUUGGAGCAUUACUGCCCACAAGCCUCGAAGUCUGGGGCCGGUUUAGCUUGGAUCCCAUCACGGGCUCCUGCACCAUCGUACCUGACGACCACAAGAACUCACCGAAGAAAUUCCUUUUCAUCAUCGCCUUCAUCCUCCCAAGCGUUGCCAUCAUCUUGUGCUACGCCAGAAUACUGUGGAUUGUACGAAAGACUGCAAAGAAGUCACGCAACCCUCCCACUCAGAUGAAAUCUUUGAGCAUGAGCACCACAACGAUAGCCACAAGAACAGACUUAGACAAGCGACCAUCCAGGAACACCGUGCCAGCUUUUCCUAUAAACUGCUUCAUCAACACGGGCGCUGAACUAUCAUCGUCAUGCGAGAGUUCUACCCCAUCAGAACAAGAGAGACAGUCAGUCACUCCAGAAACAAAGGCACGCACAUUCGGACAUGAAGGAAAGAAUUUUCGUCGCAGUUUCAUAGCAACAAUGCGAUGGACUACGGCACCGCCGAAGCCUCGUCUCCCGACUAAGAAAGAUAAGAAGCUACUUACCAUGAUAGUGGCCAUCAUGGUGGCGUUCUGCGUUUGCCAUCUACCAAUCACGUUGAUGAAGACCAUAGUCUUUGACGCCACAACUCACUCGGUGGCAAACGUAGUCGGGUAUGUUCUAAUCUAUUUCACAACGUGUGCAAACCCAGUUAUUUAUGUAGUGAUGUCCAAUGAGUACAGACAAGCGUAUAAAAGUUUGUUCCAAUGUAAACGAUGACAUUGUAAACUUUUUUUUGUAAAUACUCAGUACUGUGAAAUAUUUAAAUUUUGUUUAAUAGUUUGUGAGUCACAAUGUGACUGGUCUUAGUUAGAAUUAAGCUAUUAAUCAUUCAAAUACAAAUAAUAUUUUAAACAAAUAAGAAUGAUUAGUUACGUCUAUUGCUAUUUUUGCAAAUGUGAUAAAACAUUUCUCUCUACCUAAAUUAUACACAUUAUAACAAAAACACAAUAUAUCUUCGACUUCAUUAGCGGAAAAUUAAUUCCACGAUAAAAUAUAUUUAAUAUAUAAUAUUUGCCCUCCCCUUCAUAACUUUGACAUUCCGAUUACAAACAAUAAAUACCUACCAAAACGACUUCCAGCUGCCUGAACGAGACGAUUUUUGUGUGAAAAAUAUGAAACACGUGUAAAUAUUAAAAUUAGCUUUAGCAAUAAUAAUGUGUAGCAAAAACUCUAAUUAUUAUAAUCUUAAAGUUAUUCCACAUUUGACCUAAUAACAAAGUAAAUUAGCUAAAGAGUUAUACUGAUUACAAAAUUUGCUGAAAAUAAUGUCUAUUCAAAGCACAGUCAAAUUAAACUUUAAGAAUCUAGGCAGACCUUUCUGUAUUGUAUGCCUAAUAACUUUGUAAACGACAAAAACUUUACUGUUAUACGAACCAUAUUCUUACGAAAAUAUUUUUUCAAUUAAAAUUAAUUAUAACUAAUAAUAAACAUAAAAUACGAAAAAAUUGUAAAGAAUACGAACAACUCAAUGCUUAUUGAAAUGUAUACCAAAUAAUUUUAAAAGGAACUGAUUGCUUGUUACCUCUAUCUAGUUUUUACAAAACGGAUGAUAUUCAAACGAAAUCUAUACGAUUACACACUCAUGUUUCUACCUAAAGUAAGAUAAUUACAUAAAAAAUAACUUAUUACAUGAGUUUUACGAUAAAUCUAGAUAUUUUGAUAUAAACAAAAAAGCCGAAUAAAACAAUUCGGAUUCUAAUUAAUAAAAAAACGAAGACCUUUUAAUUAAAGGUGACGAUUGUUUGUCACGAUCAUAAUGACGUGUUCGUGCAGUAAUCGCGGUCCAAAUUCCACGUAAUUAUUACAGAAAACUGUUUUUAUUUCUCAACUCUAUUCCCAAGGGAUAGAACUCAAAAUUGAUUGAUCAUAAACAAGCUGAUGGCACUAUUUCCUUGUUAUAUUUUUUGCGGUUGACGUAUGAACGGUUUGUUUAGCGAAGCAAAUAAUAGUCACCUAGAUGUUAAGGUGUUUCGUACUAGUGUACAAUAUCAAUGUGUGAUAUUAUUGUAAAUAAGGAGGAUGUCAAAGACAUAGAAAUUUUAAAGUUUCGAUAACGAUUAAUAUUGAAUCGAAGACGGUGCUUUUUCAUUCGAUCGAACCUGAUGAUGCAAGAGUUUGGCGGGACUUAGUCAUAUUUAUAAAAAAAAAACUCUGUAAAUUAUUGUAACUUAAAAAUAAUUAAUUAUCUUACUUGUUCAGUUAUUAAAUAUGGCAGCAUUUUGCGUGGACUCCUAACUAGUUAUAGAAUUCAAUAAAUUAAUGAAGUCUGUUAAUUACAAUAAUGACAUCGCUUUGAUUCAACUAUGUACGAAUAUAUAAAGCCAAAAGACGACCAUUCCAAAUGAUUGUCUGUUUUUGACGAAAUAUUGAAAUGUUACUAGUGUUUAGACUUAAAUGUUUUAUAAUGAUAGAAAUAUAAAUAAUUUGUUAGUUAAGUCGUACCCUAAGAUUUCCCAAAGAUAUGUUAUAAUUGUAUAAAGGAAGUUUAUUUAGUCGAUAGGCCAUUUUUACUGUAUUUAUUUGAAGUAAGAUAGCAUGAUCAAAAAAGCUUAGACACCGAUCCUUGAAUUUGUGAUUUAUGGAUAUUUAAAAUGGACUUGAUAUUCCUCGAGCAAAAUUAUGUUUGUAAUGCUCAAAUACUGUGUUUUGUUUAAAUUGUAAUCUUUGGUAGCAAACGAAUGUGUAGGAUUAUAUUUUGUAAACGUUGACAUGGGUCUGAUAGGAUUAACUUUGUUACGAUUUGAAAUAAGAACCUUAAACAUUCGAUUAGAAAAGUUGACAUCAUGAAUAAUUAUGUUUUUGUAAGCUCCGAUUACUUCUCCAGCUAAUGUCGGUAAAGCCAACCAAAAGAUUCGCCACUCUCAACCACAUCCAAAAGGUUAAAAUGUUUAGAAGUUCUUAUUUGAAAUGAUUUAGAUUAAUUUUCAUGUAGAUACCAAAUGAGUUUUUAAGCCAUAGAUAUUUUAGUAUGAAUAGACUUAUUAUGCCUAUUUAUUUGUUUAAUACAAUUUGUAAUGAAGUGCGACAACAUUAUUGAUAGAUUCGCCAACUAUAUUCACACAUCUGAAAAUAAAGUUUCGGAAAAAAGUGCAAAUCGAAAUAUUUUGGUCCAGUGUUUCAAUAAUUUUGUCACAAAUCAAAACUGUUAUAGUUAAAUACUGUUUUGUAUUUCCAAGAGACCGUAAGUGGACAUCAAGACGUAGGUACCAAAGAACCAACUCCAGGGGCCAGAACCCAAGCCAUUGUACUUACCAAAGAUAUGAUUAAAAAUAAAUUAUAAAAUAUUACAAUA